CGUGCUCAGUACUCAAGCGAAACGCCUCGUGAGCAGACGUGUCUGAUAAAGAACAUCCUCAGUUUAAAAUUUUGAGCAGCGAUGGCAGUGUACAAUCAUGACGAGCUGGUGGCCCCGGAUUGGCUGAAUCAAAGCUUUUUCCUUCAAGUUGUGCGAGAAUUGGAUAAUGAUCCUUAGAUCGAGCUGACCAGCGAGUGUGUUUUGCGUCCCGGGACGAAAAUGGGUGAUCAUUACGCAAGUGUGAUGUUCCGCACUACCGUUACCUACCGUUCGAAGAAGGAUCCUGCGGAAAAAUCGAUCAAUUUGAUUAUGAAAACGAAACCGGAAGCGGAAGGAAUGAAGAAGGACCUGCUGGAAGAUGAUCAACUGUUCAGCAUUGAGAUCCGUAUGUACCAGAAGGUGUUGCCGGAAAUGGCGAGGCUGUUGCAGGGUAUCGGCGAGGAGUAUAAGUACCCGAGGUACAUCUAUGGUUCAUUGAAACCACUAACGAUUCUCAUACUUGAAGAUAUCAGCAGCCAGGGCUGGGUGAUGGAUGAACUGAUUCAAACGUACGACGAUAUGAAACCGAUCGUUAAAGCUAUUGCAAUGUUUCAUGCUGCCUCGGUGGUAAUCGAGAGUAACGAUCCUACAUUUGCAGAAGAGAACAAUUUUUCCUUGGCUGAAGUAAUGCUGGGAUUCAAACCAUUGAUCAAUAAGGGCUUUGAUGAUUUGAUGUAUCUUACGAAGACGUACCCGGAGUUUGCGCAUUUUGCAACCCCGCUAGAGAACUUUAAGCGCAAUCUUUCAAACUUUCUCAUUCCCCUUUACAAACCAUCUACCACGAUUCAGAACGUUUUGAUUCACGGUGAUUUCCAGUACAAAAAUAUGCUUCACCAGAUUGAUGAGAAUCGCCGGCAUACCGAUACAAUGCUGAUUGAUUAUCAGGCAUGCAACUGGGCAACGCCGGCAGUCGAUUUAUUCAAUCUGCUCGACAUAAUAGCCGAUCAACCGGUGAAGGACAAUCAUCGGGACGAACUGCUAAUGCUCUAUCAUCAACACUUCAGCGAUCUGUUGAAACGGUUGGGGUUUGUCGGUAAAAUACCGACACUUCUGGAUCUGCAGCUCGAGCUUUUGCGCUGUGAAGGAUUUGAGAUGUUUCAUUACGCAAUCUUUACGACAUUUCGCUACAUCGGACCAGGUCCGUUGGAUUUGGAUGCUAUGUUGAGGGGUGAGAUCAAUAACCCUGCUCUGGACGACCCAGAGUUCAGGAAACUUAUGCUCAAAGAGCUGACUCGAUUCUUGCAUCACGGAAUUUUGAAUCAAGAAUGAGAAGCCCGAAAGUUUCAGGAACAUGAGCAGCCCGUUUUGAUAUUUUAGAAUAAAUCUAUGUUUUAAUCAAUCGUGGGCUCUUAUGUAAUGUUUGAAAACAUGAUGUAACAAAUCAUAACAUAACAUCCAUUCUCAAUAAAAUGUUAUUUCGAGAUGCCAAAGGGA